UCCCUCAAAAAUGGAAGGCAUGCCCACGUUCUUUCCUUCAGUGUGGCGCUUCUGUAUAUCUUCUCUCCUAUUCACUCUUCUUCCAUCUCCCACCAAUGGCAGAGUCCGACCCUGGCUUUCACCUUCCCCUGCUCCACUCCUUUCUCCUCUAGUUAAGCCCGUUUCUGGACCACCCGUUCUUCUGGCACCUGCUCCUAUAGUAAUGAAGGUAAUUGUUGUGGUUCAGCACCACCAUUUAAACAAAGAACUGAUCGUAGCAAUCUGUUUCUCAUCGAUUGCGAUUUCAGCUAUAGUUAUAUCUAUCAUUUUCUUCUGGAUCAUCUGGCAAAGGAAUCACCUGGUUCAAGGCUUCAAAGACCAAAACUAUGUUGGUGUAGAUUACGCUACUAAAGGACUUCCCUUGGGUCCAAUUUUUAGCAAGUUUAAUUCAUUAAAGAUGAUGAAGAAGAAAGCAUUGGUUGCAAUGAUGGAGUACUCAUCCUUAGAGUCAGCCACCAAAAACUUUAGUGAGACUAAUAUUUUGGAAGAAGGGAGGCUUGGCCGUGUUUAUCAAUCUUGCAUUGAUGGAGGAGUUGUUGCAGCAGUAAUGAAGUUAGAUGGUUUUGGGCAGGACUACGAGAGAAUGUUUGAUAAUGAAUUGGAUUUGUUAGGAAGAAUCAGACACCCAAAUAUUGUCUCACUUUUGGGUUAUUGUAUACAUGGGGAAACCAGAUUUCUUGUCUACGAGUUGCUGCAAAAUGGUUCUUUGGAAACACAAUUGCAUGGAACUUCUCAUGGAUCAGCUUUAACUUGGUAUUUGCGAAUGAAAAUUGCAGUCGACACAGCAAGAGCACUUGAAUAUCUUCAUGAGCACUGCUACCCUCCUGUGAUUCAUAAAGAUCUGAAGGCAUCAAAUAUUCUUCUUGAUUUGGAUUUUAAUGUCAAGAUUUCAGGUUUUGGCCUUGCAGUUACUGAUGAUGGCCUAAAUAAGGGUAUUGCUAAAUUUUCUAGGAAGCUAGACUAUGCUGCUCCAGAAUCUAUUUUAGACGGUAAGGUUACUGAGAAAAGUGAUGUCUAUGCAUUCGGAGUAGUUCUCCUUGAGCUACUGAUUGGAAGGAAGACUUUUGAAAAGAUUGUACCAUCUCUCUGCCAAUCUUUUGUGACUUGGGUAAUGCCGCAAUUGACAGACCGAUUGAAACUUCCAACUAUUGUAGAUCCUGUGAUUAGGGAUACAAUGGACCUAAAGCAUCUAUACCAAGUUGCCGCUGUAGCUGUGUUAUGCGUACAACCAGAACCAAGUUACCGGCCUUUGAUUACUGAUGUGCUCCAUUCUUUGAUACCACUGGUGCCAAUUGAGCUAGGAGGAACACUUCGAGUUUCGGACAGGUUACCCAAUGCAAACCAAAAUUUCCAUAUACAUUGAGCUUGUUUUUUUCACAGAGAACGCUGAAAGCAACACAGGCUACUAUUGCAAUAUCGGGGCCUGGCUAAGCCUGGCUAAAGAUGAUCUGCCAAUGGUUUUGAACUCAUAUUUUUAUCUUUCCUACAACUAGUGGUGGUACAAUAUUGGAGCUUUGUUGAUAUUCUAAAAUGUCAAAUGAAAAUCCUGGUUUAUGUUCUACAAGAAAUGAAUUAGCCCUUUCAUUGUUAUUAGGCCUUAUUGGUCUUUCUUCCUCCUAUUUUCUGGAGUUCCCGAUAAUCUCGAAUUGCCAUCUAUUGGACACUGGUUGUACAUGUAAAGUAAUAGAGUCACUUGUCACAUUUCACUGGCAAUCACUUGUAAUUUGAGCAAUUACCUUUGUUUCCCUUCUACUUACUAGUUUGAUGGAGUAAUGCCAUGCUCACCGAAACUUUUUACUUAAAAGGGGAUCGAUUUGGGCAGAUUUUUUCA